AAAGAUAAGCCAGAUUUCAUUCCACUCUUUGUUUCUCCUUGUUUUUGCUUAGAAAACAAAGGAAACCCCCGAAAAAGACCAGACUAGCCAUUGUUUUUCUUUUUUCCUCUGUAGGGCUAUGAUUAAGUGAAGCAGAGUCCAUACCUAUCUUCUUCGUCAACUUCAUUGUUGUUGUAGUGAAAAAAAAAAAAAAGAACAAAAAAUGGGUAAUGUUGCUUUUGUUUGGUUAGUGAUCCAGUGAAAAUGGGUUAUCCUUUUUUUUCCUGGAAAAUGAGGGAAAGUGUGAGAAAAUAAGUAUAAAGUGGGAAAAAAAAAGGAAUUCCCAGAUUUUUCUUUUCCUGUUUCAUACACUUUCUUUCUUGUUCUUUCUGGGACUAAAGCAUUUGAAGAGGAAAUGAGGAAGCAUGGAUGGCAGCUUCCUUCUCAUCCACUUCAGGUGGUGGCUGUUGCUGUGUUCUUGGCACUUGGAUUUGCUUUCUAUGUGUUCUUUGCUCCUUUUGUUGGGAAGAAAAUGUUUCAAUAUGUUGUGAUGGGAAUCUAUACCCCUCUUAUUACUUGUUGCUUUGGCCUAUAUAUUUGGUGUGCGGCAGCAGAUCCUGCAGAUCCCGGAGUUUUUAAGUCUAAAAAGUAUCUUAAAAUUCCUGAAAGUGGGAAGUAUUCUGGACCAAAAGACUGUAAAUUAGGUGGAGGUUCAGCUACAACCUUGCAUGAUGACAAUGAUGCUUUGGUUGGAGGAAAAACUGCAGAAAAGGACACAGCAGCAACUGAUGAAACCUUGAAAGACGGUGGUGUUGAACUUGAGGGAAACGAUGGUUCAAUGAAGCGGUCAUCUUGUUUGCUAUGGAUUUUCUCUCCUUGUGCUGUUAUUUGCAAAUGCUGUGGCUCGAAUGAAGAAUCUACCGAGCAACAGAUGAGUGAAGAUGGAAUGUUCUAUUGCAGUUUGUGUGAAGUUGAGGUUUUCAAAUACAGUAAGCACUGCCGAGUCUGUGACAAAUGUGUCAACCAUUUCGAUCAUCACUGCAGGUGGCUAAACAAUUGUAUAGGCAAAAGGAACUACAGACAAUUUUUCACUCUCAUGGUGUCGGCUCUUCUAUUGCUUAUUCUACAAUGGUCAACUGGAAUCCUCGUACUUAUCUGCUGUUUCGUUGACCGGAAGCAGUUUUCUUUGGAUAUUUCAACGAAGUUAGGAAGCAGUUUCUCUUUGGUUCCGUUCAUUAUUGUGGUUGUAUUGUGCACAAUUUUGGCUAUGGUAGCGACGUUACCGCUUGCACAGCUAUUCUUCUUUCACAUUCUACUCAUAAAAAAGGGAAUCAGCACAUACGAUUAUAUAAUAGCUUUACGGGAGCAAGAGCAAGAGCUACAAGGUGUCGGCGGCCAACAGAGUCCACAAAUGUCCCCUGCCAGCUCGCUUACUGGAUUAAGUAGUGCUAGUUCGUUUUCUACUUUCCACCGGGGUGCAUGGUGUACGCCCCCACGCUUGUUCCUUGAAGAUCAGUUUGAUGUUGUUCCUCCUGAUACCGGAUCUGUAAGUUCGUUCGGGAAAAAAAUGGUCAGGGAGGAACCAAUUAAGAAGAAGAAUCCAGGUGCAGUUAAGAUCAGUCCGUGGACAUUAGCACGGUUAAAUGCGGAAGAUGUUUCAAAAGCCGCUGCUGAAGCAAGGAAAAAGUCCAAAAUCCUGCAGCCUGUGGUGAGACGUGAUGCCCCAUUUGGGUUAGAAGGGGAUAGUAGCUUUGGCAGCAGUGGCCGACGAAUGUUCCCGAGACCUGAUGGCAAUAGAAGACGAGCAGCUAAGCGGGUGCGUCUACCCGCAGACCUACCCAUGGAGUCCAUAAUGAACAUUUCGUCUAAAUCUGCUGAUAAAGGUUUCAGUGACACGUCAAGUAGUUUGGCACCACUUCAACUAGAAGCGCGGAGUGCUUUCCAAACGAGCCGAGCAAUGUCGAGCUCAGUUGGGGUUGUUACCUCUUCUCCGGAGAGUAGUUUAGAUUCACCAGAUAUUCAUCCAUUUCGGAUCUCCUCAUCAGGAGCCGAAGAAUCAAGACAUCCAACAGGUUUACCUCUCAAUAUGGCUGGUCAAAAGGGAUUUCCAUUGUCGAGAUCCGCUAGUGAUGGGUAUGAAGCAUCCGGUGGGGAAGAUAGUGAUCGAGUUCCAUCGAGAAUUGUUCAUAGACCAACAAACUGGAACAACAUUCUCUUUUCUGAACAGACCGAGAGGGUUGUUAAACUCAAAGCACCAUCUUCGUCCGGCCAGGUUAAUGGUAGAAUGCUGUGACACAUUCCGAAUUUGAUUUUUCGGUUUAUUCUUUAAUUUAUGGUCCUAAGAACUCUCAAGUGCCUAGUGGACUGUCGUUCAAUUCAUUUGAAUUUCAGAAGAGGUGUUUGACGGCUGUAGAGUCUGGUAUCCGCCAGGGUAAUGCUGUAAGUGUCAUCGAAGAGUCGGUCAUUUGGCAUUCGGGAUGACGAAAAAGGAAGGUUUUUUUGGUUUGUACUAGGUAUAAUACUCCAUUGUACUUGUUGGUUUUGGAGUGAAAAGUGAUUCCUCCAUGGACAUUUUGUUGAACAUUUCUUGAGUUUCUAAAAAAAAAGGAAGAAAAAUGUGAAAAUUUUAAUAUGUUGUCA